GGUUUCUUAUCAAAUGACGUCUAUAAGCUUUUAUAUCGCGUUCUAGUUUAGUUCAUUUUCAUUCCGGACUCAAACAAGAUACAUCGCAGUGAAAUGUCUCCGAGGAAUUGUGUUGUGAUGAUCGGGGUCCUGAUCGUGUUUCUCGCAGCAUGUGUUUACGGAUUUCUUCUGGACACAAACUUGGAUCCUUGCUCACGAGACUUUGGCUUCUUCACAGGCUAUUCCAUUAAUUGUAUCGCCAAGGCAUUACAUUCAAUCCCCGUCUUCAACUUGACAGGCUAUACAAAUGUUUGCUUUAAUGUACUUAGCUUGAGUAACAACUAUCUUACCGUUAUUGGAAACGAUGCCUUUAUUCAGUUGCGCAACCCGGGUUGUUCAUACCAUAUAGGGCUUAACAACAACAGCAUCUCUCAAAUUGACGAAUACGCUUUUCGUGGAAUAGAAGCCAAUAUAAUUGGAUUAUAUUUGCACAAAAAUAGUCUUAACCAUCUACCAGAGGCUAUAAGUUCGAUUAUCUAUCUUAGACAAUUAACUCUGUAUGAAAACCCACUUUUGUCAUUGAAUCCUUCAGUCAUGGCUAAAAUUGGACAUUCUCUGGAUGAAUUUAGCGUCGGAAUGGCCUCUUUCAAGCAAUGGCCGACCGAACUUCAUUUCUUAUAUAAACUUACAGACCUUGAGCUGUACGAUAUACCUUUUCAGUUUUUGGAUUCAAGCGCAUUUCGUGGACUUACAAAUGUGACGUCAUUGGCUAUAAUGGGCUCUAAUUUUAGAAAAAUCCCAAAUGCAAUAUGUACUCUUUCUGCCCUUUCAUCAUUACAGAUUGAUAACAAUUACUUGUUAAACGAAAGCAAGUCGGACGUCUUCGAACCAUGCAGUCAUAUAUCCGGAACGCUACACGUCACAAGGAUAGAUUAUCGAAGCAAUCGUGUUGAUUUUUUUCCCAAACAUUUUUACAAUGUUUCCAGCUGUAGAAGCCAUUUAUAUGGUCCACAACGAUAUGCGGUUCAUGAAUGCAGAUAAAUUUGUCGAUAAUUUCAGUGUAUUGCAGCUUGAAUUAACUAACAACUCGUUUAGGCAAAUACCCAGUGGCGUGAAUGCUUUUAAAAGUAUGUAUGCAUUGAACCUUAAAGACAAUUUAAUAGAAUUCAUCAAGGACAAUGACCUUAUUGGUUUACGCAGUCUAAAAGAAAUUAAUCUAGCAGGCAAUCCUAUCCAGUUCAUCACGAACAGGGCAUUUCAAAACAACAUGCAACUCACG